CAUUAAUACACCUACACCAAAUAUAGUUCCUUCUCACUCCUUCCCUUUCUCUCUCUCUCUAUCAUAUAAAUCUUUCCUCCCAAAAGAAUCAUGAGAACAGACAUAGAAAGCCUUUGGGUUUUUGCUUUAGCUUCAAAAUGCAAAUCUUUCUCCUCCUUAAACUCAAUUAUUUUCCCACUCUUUCUUGUUCUCAUUUGGCUAGUUAUGAACCUUAUUUACUGGUCUUACCCUGGUGGUCCUGCUUGGGGCAAACACAAAUUGAAAAAUAAUUCUUCUUUAGUGUCAAAACCAAUUCCAGGCCCAAAAGGGUUUCCUAUAAUAGGAAGUAUAAACCUUAUGGUUGGUUUAGCACACCACAAAAUAUUAGCCAUGGCAGAAAAUUUACAAGCCAAACGUUUAAUGUCUUUUAGCCUAGGUGAAACAAGAGUCAUUGUUACAUGUAAUCCAGAUGUAGCAAAAGAAAUACUCAACAGUUCAGUUUUCGCUGAUCGUCCAGUUAAAGAAUCAGCCUAUAGGCUAAUGUUUAAUAGAGCAAUUGGCUUUGCUUCUUAUGGUGUUUAUUGGAGAACACUUAGAAAAAUUUCAGCUGCUCAUCUUUUUUCUCCUAAGCAAAUUAUAGCCUCUGAAAAACCAAGGUCCCAAAUUGCAAAACAAUUAGUUACUAUGUUUAAAGACAGUCCAAAUGACAUUUUACGUGUUAGAGAUGGUUUAAAAUUGGCUUCUUUAAAUAAUAUGAUGUCUUCUGUUUUUGGAAAAUUUUACAAUCUUGAUUCUUGUAAUAUGGAGAUUGAGGAGUUGAUAAAAUUGGUAGAUGAAGGGUAUGAAUUAUUGGGUAUGCUUAAUUGGUCUGACCAUUUAUCUUGGUUAUCUGAAUUUGAUCCACAGAAAAUUAAACAGAGGUGUUCAGAGAUUGUGCCAAAAGUGAAUAAGUUUGUGAGAAGGAUUAUUGAGGAACAUAAGGCUCAAUCUGGUGAAAAUCAUCGUGAUUUUGUGGAUGUUUUGCUAUCUCUUCAAGGUUCAGAGAGUUUAUCAGAAUCUGAUAUGAUUGCAGUACUUUGGGAAAUGAUAUUUAGGGGGACUGACACCGUGACAGUGUUGCUAGAGUGGAUAUUAGCACGAAUUGUCCUUCAUCCGAAUGUUCAGUCAAAAGUCCAAGCCGAGAUAGACAGAAUCGUCGGUAGAUCACGAGCCGUAACAGAAUCCGACAUAACAGAGAUGACAUAUUUACCUGCGGUAGUAAAAGAAGUACUCAGAUUGCACCCUCCUGGCCCACUACUGUCAUGGUCCCGGCUUUCGAUAACGGAUACCAUAGUGGAUGGUUAUCACGUGCCGGCUAGGACCACGGCCAUGGUGAACAUGUGGGCCAUCACGAGGGAUGCAGAAGUUUGGACCGACCCUCUUACGUUUAAGCCCGAAAGGUUCGUGACCAAAGCUCAUACUGACGUUGAUUUCUCGGUGUUAGGGUCUGACCUAAGAUUGGCACCAUUUGGGUCCGGAAGGCGAUCUUGCCCUGGAAAGACACUUGGCUUGACCACAGUCACUUUUUGGGUUGCAACGCUUUUGCACGAAUUCGAGUUUGGGCCCGGUAGCAACGUUGACUUAUCUGAGGUAUUGAAACUCUCUUGUGAAAUGGCCCACCCACUUAUGGUCAAGAUCCGAUCCAGACGUACUACAUCAAAUUAAAUGUGAUACAAUAUUUAUUUUUAAAAAAGGCAGUUCCUCUUUAUAUUCGUCUACUGUUUGGUCAUUUUAAUGUUUGAUUGUAACCCUUCUUCUUCUUUAUUUCCUCUUUUUUACUUUGCGUUGAUGUUUAGACAGUAAUUUUGGGUUUGCUUGUACAAAUGAUGGUUAAGUUAAUAUAAAUUUCAGCUACGGUAAAUA